AUGGCUGAUGAGUGCGAGCUUGGGUUCAGAGACACCAAUGAGAGCAUCACUGCUGAUCCUAGUAAGGACCUAUACAAGGCGAUGUAUGAGUGGAUCGACCUAAACCAAGAUGUCUUUGUAUCGAGAUUGGCCGAAGCUGUUGCUAUUCCCAGUGUCUCUGGCGACCCUACUUUACGCCCUAGGGUUCUCCAAACGGUAGCUUGGGCGACUAAAUGGUGUGAAUCUCUUGGAGGGGUUACGGAGCCUGUUGAUCUAGGUCUGCAGACUCUCCCUGAUGGUAGCCGUAUCGUUCGCCCUCCGGCCCUGUUCGCCACUUUCGAGUCGACCUUGCCUGGUGUCCCUACCUUGUGCGUGUAUGGUCAUCUAGACGUGCAGCCGGCUAGCAAGGAGGACGG